CAGAGGGGCAGUUCCUCUUUCCUUCCCAAGCGCGGAGGAGGCCCCAGCUCCCAAGGGGCUGAGAAGCUGGAGCAUUGGUGAGAGGGGAGGAGCUGAGCCAGACUCUUACAAGACCCCCGCCCCCACAAGGAAGCAUGAACAGGAAAGACAGCAAGAGGAAGUCCCACCAGGAAUGCUCAGGGAAUACAGGAGGGCGGGACCGGCCCCGGCAGGCCCGGCGCCACAAGACAUGCCCCAGCCCUCGGGAAAUCAGCAAGGUCAUGGCCUCCAUGGCUCUGGGCAUGCUGAAUGAGGGCUGCAGCGAGGACGAGCUGCUGGAGAAAUGCAUUCAGUCCUUUGACUCAGCUGGCAGCCUGUGCCGCAGGGACCACGUUCUCAACAUGGUGCUCGCCAUGCACAGUUGGGUGCUGCCUUCCACGCACCUUGCUGCCCGUCUGCUGACCUUGUACCAGGAGGCCUCAGGGAACACGCAGGAGCUGAGGCGGCUGCAGAUCUGUCACCUGGUCAGGUACUGGCUGACCCAGCACCCUGAGACGGUGCACCAGGAGCCCCAGUUAGAAGAAGUUAUAGGUCGCUUCUGGGCCACGGUAGAGCAGCAAGGCAGCCCGGCCCAGAGGACCCUGGGAGACCAUUCCAACCUCCUGAGCCCGGGUGGCCCCGGCCCCCCAACCCCCAUGAGCAGCCCAGGCCUGGGCAAAAAGCGCAAAGUGUCCUUGCUAUUCGACCACCUGGAGACAGGGGAGCUGGCUCAGCACCUCACUUACCUAGAGUUCCAGUCGUUCCAGGCUAUCACGCCCCAGGACCUGCGGGGCUACGUUUUGCAGGGCUCCGUGCGGGGCUGCCCGGCCCUGGAGGGCUCCGUCGGGCUCAGCAACAGCGUGUCCCGCUGGGUGCAGGUCAUGGUGCUGAGCCGCCCGGGGCCGGCCCAGCGCGCGCAGGUGCUGGACAAGUUCAUCCACGUGGCACAGAGCCUCCGCCAGCUGCAUAAUUUCAACACGCUGAUGGCGGUCACCGGGGGCCUGUGUCACAGUGCCAUCUCCAGACUCAAGGACUCCUAUGCCCACCUGAGCCCUGACAGCACCAAGGCCCUGCUGGAGCUGACUGAGCUCCUCGCCGCCCACAACAACUACGCUCGGUACCGCCGCGCCUGGGCCAGCUGCUCAGGCUUCCGGCUGCCCCUCCUGGGCGUGCACCUCAAGGACCUGGUGUCCCUGCACGAGGCCCAGCCCGACAGGCUGCCCGACGGCCGCCUGCACCUGCCGAAGCUCAACAGCCUGUACCUGCGGCUGCAGGAGCUGGCAGCCCUCCAGAGGCAGCACCCGCCCUGCAGCGCCAGCCAGGACCUGCUGCAUCUGCUCACGCUUUCCCUGGAUCUCUUCUACACGGAGGACGAGAUCUAUGAGCUUUCUUACGCCCGGGAGCCCCGCUGUCCCAAAAGUCUGCCCCCCUCCCCCUUUAAGGCGCCCCUGGUGGUGGAGUGGGCCCCUGGCGUGACGGCCAAGCCCGACAGGGUCACCCUGGGCCGGCACGUGGAGCAGCUGGUGGAGUCCGUGUUCAAGAACUACGACUCUGAAGGCCGAGGCACCAUCUCCCAGGAGGACUUUGAGCGCCUCUCCGGCAACUUCCCCUUCGCCUGCCAUGGGCUUCACCCACCCCCCUGCCAGGGGAGUGGCUCCUUCAGCCGAGAGGAGCUGACGGAGUACCUGCUCCGGGCCAGCGCCAUCUGCUCCAAGCUGGGCCUGGCCUUCCUGCACACCUUCCACGAGGUCACCUUCCGCAAGCCCGCCUUCUGCAACAGCUGCAGCGGCUUCCUCUGGGGUGUCACCAAGCACGGCUACCGCUGUCAGGACUGCGGGCUGUGUUGCCACAAACACUGCCGAGACCAGGUGAAGAUAGAGUGUAAGAAGAGGCCGGGGGCCAAGGGCGAUGCCAGCCCACCAGACGCCCCUGUCCCACCUGCACCAGCUCCCCAGGCCAGCUGGGGCUCCGAGGACAAGCUCUCCUACACACUGUCCCUGGAGCCAGAGACGGGAGGCCACCUUCGCCAUGCAUGGACCCAGACGGAGCCCCCACACCCUUCCCGGGAACCAGAGCCGGUCCCCCUCCCAGCGACGGCCUCGCCACCCGCCCAGUCCUCCAAGCCGGACUCCUAGACACGGCCUUGGUCUCUUCUCUCUCCCCUCCCCCGAUGAGGAAACUGAGGCCCAGUGAGGUUAAGCUGCCCGCGGAGGCCGGACUCAAACCCAGGUCUUUGUCUCCCUCUAAAGUGCGCUACACUGACAGCACGGAUCAGGAGGGGGAGGGGACAGGGUGGGCCGAGUUCCAAACUCUGGGGUUCCAGAGACAGAAGGCUAGAGAAGGGAUGAACGGGGACCCUGUGGACACCGGAGUCAGAUCACAUGCCUCCCCUACUCAGAGCCGUCCAGUGGCUCCAUCUCUCAGGGAAAAAGCCAGAGCCCUCCCUGUGGCCCGCCCCACACGACCUACCCCAUCACCUCUCCGACCUCACCUCCCACCACUCGCCCCCUUACUCAUCCUGCUUCCACUACUCUGGUCUCGAUGGUCCCUGAACAUGCCAAAAAUACUCCUACCUCAGAGCCUUUGCACUGGCCAUUCCCUCUGUCUGGAACACUCUUCCCCAGAUGCCCACAUGGCUCCUUCUUUGGGACUUAGCUCAAGUGUCACCUUCUCAGCGAGGCCUCUGCGACUGUGCUCACAGUUGCAAUCCUCCCCAGUGCCAAUCCUGCCUUCCUGCUUUAUUUCUCUCCAAAGUCCUUUCCCCAUGUGACAAACUAUACUUUUUACCUAUUUAUCUUGUUGAAUGUCCGCCCCUCCUCCCCAGGGAAAUGGCAGCUCCAGGAGAGCAGGGAGCUUAUUCUCUCUUUCACUGCUGUGUCCCCAGUGCCUAGCACAGGGCUGGCGCAUGGUGGGUGCCUGAUAAAUGUUUGUCCCAGCCUGCGUGUCCCCUUCCCCACGCCCACAGGAAGGGAAGGAUGUGUGGCCGAAGAGCAAAGGACUCUGAGGGUCAGAGCAUCAGGGGCCUGUUAUGACACAGACCCCCUAGGCCUCCUCAAACCCGAGCACCCCUCACCUGGCCCCCCAGAGAUGGGUCCUACGGCUGUCAGAAAUUAAAUUUAUUUUCCAGAGAA